AAUGAUAGGAUCAUUGUGUACAUUUACAUUUCGCGUUAUUCACAUCGAUUAGCUAACUUCUUCAGAGCGAAUAAAAAGACAACAUUCAUGACCAAUAGCAGUUAAGAAUCUAAUAAACCAAACAGCGGAAAGAGGCCUUGAGGUAUUUAACCCUGAUGAUUGUACGUCAGUUUACCUGCAGAGGCAUCACCUCUCAGCUGUGUCCCAGACUCACAGAGCCACGGACCUGGGUCAGACAAGACAUGGCCAGACCCAGCUCUGAUCUAGCAGCGUUCCGAGAGGUAUUCUCUAAAGCCAAACACGUGGCCAUUUUGACAGGAGCCGGGGUUAGUGCUGAGAGCGGGGUUCCGACGUUCAGAGGAGAAGGAGGCUUCUGGAGGAAAUGGCAAGCCCAGGACCUGGCCACCCCAGGUGCAUUCAGUCAGAACCCAUCCAGGGUAUGGGAGUUCUACCACUACCGCCGGGAGGUGAUGCUGUCCAAGAGCCCCAACCCGGCCCACAAGGCCAUAGCCGACUGUGAGGCUCGUCUGCGGAAACAAGGUCGCAGUGUCACCGUCAUCACACAGAACAUCGACGAGCUGCAUCACCGGGCUGGAUCCACCAACGUCCUGGAGAUACACGGCAGUUUGUUCAAAACCCGCUGUAUGAGCUGUGGUCACGUUGCGGUGAACUACAAGAGCCCCAUCUGUGCUGCCCUGGAGGGCAAAGGGGCUCCAGACCCGAACACCAGUGAUGCACAGAUCCCACCUCAUGAGCUACCCAGGUGUGAGCAGGGAAGCUGUAACGGUCUGCUUAGGCCUCAUGUGGUCUGGUUCGGGGAGACUCUGGACUCCGACAUCCUGACCCGUGUUGAAGAGGAGCUCGACUGCUGCGACCUCUGCCUGGUGGUUGGUACGUCCUCUAUAGUGUACCCGGCAGCAAUGUUCGCUCCCCAGGUGGCGGCAAAAGGAGUUCCUGUAGCAGAAUUUAACAUGGAGGAAACACCGGCCACCAUGCGCUUCAGGUUCCACUUCCACGGCCCCUGUGGAAGCACCCUGCCUCCUGCCCUAGCGCGCCAUGACACCGAAGUCCUCUGAGGCAGAAAGACACCGACUAUCCAACUGUGUUGGUCCACAUUAAGGGCAGUGUGUGAUGAUGGAGUACAAAAGAAAAAGGUUGACAUUUUCAUGGACUGAAUAAAAAGCUAAAGUAAGAUUUUUUUCCAUCCCAUUUUCAACUCCACAGUCUGGUCAUAAACUGUUGUGUUACAUUUUUGGUCUUGGCAACUGCACUGUAGCAACAGCUUGCAAAUACAGUGUGGUUUGGCUACAAAAUGAUAUUGUUAUAGGUGUUUUUGUACAACAACAGCCACAAAUGAAUCAUUAUUGAUUAGAAAUCAAGCUUAUUGUGUGCACUUUUACCACCCUGUUAUGUUUGUCAUAAUUUAUUUAACUGCAAUGCUUUCUAGAGUAAUAGUUGGAGGACCACAGAAUCUUGUCAACUAAUGUUCUGUUUUUCUGUGGACUCCAGGAACUGUAGCUGCUGUUGUAGCAGUAGCUAAUGGUGAUCCUAAUGUGUCCAAAUUGACUUUGAUAUGAUUGUUAUUCUAUCCAUAUAUGUGCAUGAAGGAAUUUCCACUGCCAUUUCUUGCCUCAUUAGUUUUAAAUAUCCAUGUAUCCAUAUAUCAUGUCAAACAAAAACAUUUUUUUGUUAACAAUAAUAUUUUAGUGACGUGCUGUUUCCAUCACCCCUGUGGAUUAAAACCUGUUACCAAUUAUAUUUGUCAAGAUUGAUUACACAGUUGUGAAAGUUUGUGAACCUUUUUGCAUUUUGUGUUAUUACAUUAAUUUGACAGAACAUUUGAUCAGAUUGUAUUCUAAAUCCUAGUAAAUAUUUUCGCAAUCUACCCACAAUACCUAAUAAUGACAAAGUGAAAACUAUUUUGAAGAGAUUUAUUGAAAAUGAAAAGCUUAAAUAUCUCAUGCACAUAAGUAUAUAGGCCUUUUGAAACGACACUCCAACUUGCCCAGAUGCAUCCUGUGUUUAUAGAAUAUUGAUUACAGUCAACCUGUGGCAAGUUCCUUUGACUGGACAUGACUUCAAAAUACACACGGAUGUCUAAGGUCCCAUCCUUCACAGUGUGUGUCAAAAAAGACCAAGCCAAGAAACACCCUGUAGACCCAGGUUUCUGAUGCUGACUGGCUUCAUUAUUAGGCAGUUACCAAACAAGUGUUCUUUGCUGCUCAGGAAGGCCAAGUCUGAUUGUUUUUUCUGUUACCACUGAAAGCCUGAAUGACCCUAGAAGGUUUGGGAUGAUUAUUUAGUCUGUCUGUAAAUUGUAAUGUUAAUGAAUUACUGUAAAUAUACAGUAUGUAUAUUGAAGAACUUUGUUGCUGCAUGACAUAACUGUUAUGCUGAAUUGUUUUAUGCACUUUGUAUCAUCUGGUAAUCUGUUUGAUGCCAUUUUUUCAGUUUCUGUUCAACCCUUUGUUGAUAAUGAGUGAGAGCUGGUCAAACUUUCAUUUUAUUUGCCAAUCUCAGUGCAGGAGGUACAUGAAGCCCUGGAAUCCUUAGAUCAGAGAAAGCCUACGAGUCCUGAUAUUCUUGAUCCCUGCUAUUUGAAAUUGGCAGCUGAUUUUAUUGCCAAACCACUUACAUAUCUCUUCAGUCUUACCCUGGAAUGUAAUGAAAUACCAAGGAUCUGGAAAUCUGAGUUUGUUAUACCACCGCUAAAACGUCAAGAUCCAUCGCUAUAAAAAACAGUUAUUGGCCAAUCACAAAGCUAACACCACAGGCUAAAAUACUUGAAAUCCUUGUUAGUGAACAGAUAAAGGUGUUUUUAUACGCUAAUUCUAUUGUAUCUAUGAAGGUUUUAAAUAUUUCUAAUUUAAUGCUUGUUUAAAAACAACAUUUUAUCUCACUUUCUUGAUCUUUCAAAGGCAUUCGGUGCAGAUGAUCUUGCUAUACUGAAUAAGAGAUUGUCACGUCUUUCUGAGCCUGCUGUUGCAUGGUUUGCUAACUAUCUGAUAUCUUGGUGAGUUCAAUUUUAUGGGCUUGCAUCUGAUAAAUUGUCUGUUUUAAAUUGUGUGCUCCAGGGCUUGUUACUUGGCCCCCUCCUAUUCUGUAUUUAAUAAACUUCACAAUAUGUU